AUGGUAUGCUGCGGUUCAGUGUGGUGCAGCACUGCGCUGCAGUCUCAUCAGGCCAGUGCCAUCCGCUGUGCUGCGCGGCCCGCGGAACCUGGCAGUGUGGCACGGCGAAUUACCCCCUGGAACUGGCAUGCCACACCCACAGAAUCUGCAGGCAGCAGAGAACGUGGAGGGGAUUAUUCGCCAGGGGGGGGAUGUGCCAUCCACCUAUCCUGCCUCAUUCCUUCCCAGUUCCCCCUUUUCCCUGCCUCUCGCCCCACCAAGGCAUGCCAUACCCACAGAAACUGCAGGCAGCAGAGGGCGAGGAGGGGUUUAUACGGAGGGAGAGGGCGGUGCCGGCCAUCUUUGCCAUCACUGCGGGCUGCCCUCGCCUCCCCCUCACACCUUGCCUUUCCACCCUCCCCAUUCUCUCCCCCCACCACCCUAGGCAUGCCAUACCCACAGAACCUGCAUGCAGCAGAGGGCGUGGAGGGUAUUAUUCGGAGGGAGGGGGCAGUGCCGGCCACCAUUGCCAUCAUUGACGGCCGGCCGUGCAUAGGGCUGACCGCUUCUCAGCUGCAGCACCUGGCACGGGACGGCCAUGCUGCUGUGAAGACUGCCAGACGAGACGUGGCUCUCGUGGUGUCUCAAGGCCUGACAGGAGCCACCACUGUAUCGGCCACCAUGCUGCUCGCUCACAAGGUGGGCAUCUCCGUGUUUGCUACAGGGGGCAUUGGCGGCGUGCAUCGAAGGGGGGGGAGAGCACAGACAAAGGGGGGAGGACAGUCAGGGGAGAGCGCUUGUUUGUGCUCACUUCUUCGCUUCCUUCCUUUCCCUCUUUCCGUGUCCUCACCACAGGUGGGAAUACCGGUGUUUGUGACAGGAGGCAUAGGAGGUGUGCACCGAGGGGGAGAGAUCAGUAAGCAGAGAGUGGGCAUCCCUGUGUUUGUGACAGGAGGCAUAGGAGGCGUGCACCGAGGGGGAGAGAGCACGAUGGACAUCUCAUCUGAUCUCACGGAGUUGGGUCGCACGCGUGUGGCUGUGGUGUGUGCGGGAGUCAAGUCAGUGCUCGAUAUUCCCCGCACUCUUGAAUACCUCGAGACACAAGGGGUGACAGUGGUGGUGUACGGUGCCAAGGAGUUCCCAGCGUUCUUCACAGCAACAUCUGGCUGCCCUCCUCGACGCUCCCCUCUCUCACCACCCCAUCUCCCUCCCACUCACCCCAUCUCCCUCUCACUCAACCCAUCUCCCUCCCACUCACCCCAUCUCCCUCCCACUCACCCCAUCUCCCUCUCACUCACCCCAUCUCCCCCUCACUCAACCCUUCUCCUUCCCUCUCCCACCCUGCAGGCACCCGCCACUCUCAGCGACCCUGCCAGCUGUGCAGCUCUCAUUGACACCAACCACCGCAUGAAGCUUAACAGUGGCAUGGUGAUUGCAGUGCCGGUGCCCCAGGGGCAGGCAGCAGAGGCAGAGGAGGUAGAGCGAGCUACACAGCAGGCCCUUGCCGAAGCAGACGCACAGGGCGUGAAGGGGGCACAGGUGACACCAUUUGUGCUCAAGCGGAUCAAGGAGCUGACAGGAGGGGCGUCACUCACUGCAAACAUAGCACUAGUGAAGAACAACGCCCGUGUGGGUGCCCAAAUAGCCUGUGCUCUUGCACAAAGGAGAAUGUCACCCUCACCCACAUUCCCUCCUCUCCUCCCCAUCCCCAUCUCCCCGCCCUCCCAUCUUUCCCCUCACACUCCACAUUCCAACCCCUCACCCUCUCUCAAUCCCUCUCACCGCCUCUCACCCCCCCCCUCACCUCCCCAAUUUCCCCCCUCUUUCCCCACUCCUUUCCCCAUUCUCUCUCCCCCCUCCCCUCUCUCCCUUCUCUCCUAUCUCACCACCCAUUCCUCGUUGUUUGGAUCGUUACAGAUUU